AUGUGUGUUAUUUGAGUCUGCAUGAGACCGAGUGCACUUCAGCAUAAACUUUACUCACUGUCACUGUCUCUGGGGUUUGGUCAUCAUGUCUGAGUCCACACUGUAUCCUCAGUUUAGACUUGGCGAGUCUCGGUUUGAUCAGGGGUCCUUUUAUGGGAGGUUAAGACAUUUCCUGGAUGUGAUUGACCCUCGCACACUCUUUGUAUCAGAGCGUCAUCUAAAUGAAUGUGUGAAGCUCUUAGAACAAUAUAAAGAUGGCACGCUACCCACAGGUGUGACAAAUGCACAGCUUUGGGAAGCUCAGAAGGUAAAGCAGGCUAUCUUCCAUCCAGACACUGGAGAGAAGAUCCCCAUGCCCUUUCGCAUGUCAGGUUAUAUCCCCUUUGGUACACCAGUGGUUGUAGGCCUCCUGCUUCCCAAUCAGACCCUGGCCUCUACUAUUUUCUGGCAGUGGCUGAACCAGAGCCAUAAUGCUUGUGUGAAUUACUGCAAUCGCAACGCAUCUAAGUCGACAGGGAUGUCAAAAUUCUUUCAAGGAUACCUGGGUGCAGUCAGCAGUGCAGUUACUAUUGCAGUGGGACUGAAUGUUCUGAUUCAGAGAGCUGAUCGUUUCAGCCCAGCCACACGACUUCUGGUCCAAAGAUUCAUCCCUUUUCCUGCUGUUGCAAGUGCCAAUGUGUGUAAUGUGUUGCUGAUGCGCCACAGCGAGCUGUCUGAAGGCAUCAGUGUGCUGGAUGAGCAGGGUAACAUUGUGGCCACCUCGAAGCUGGCAGCCAGACGCGCUGUGUUGGAGACAGCCGUGACCCGCAUAGUCCUGCCCAUGCCUAUCCUGGUGCUGCCACCCAUGCUGAUGGCCAUGCUGGAGAGACUCCCCUUACUGCAGACACACCCUCGCCUUGUGCUGCCUGUGCACAGCUUGGUGUGUCUCUGUGCAUUUGGUCUGGCUCUGCCCCUUGCCAUCAGUCUGUUCCCCCAGAAUAGCCAGAUUCAUGUAUCUCAGCUUGAGCCGGAGAUCGCCGUAGCAACUGAAUGCAAGAUCUUGACCUACAACAAAGGCCUUUAACCAAUCAACCAACUUGGAUAUCUGACUCAGGAGACCUUCAUAACAUGACUCGGAUGUGUGUGUGUGUGUGGAUUUUAGAAUCACCGUGACAGGUGCAUUCACACAUCAGUGUUAAACACGUGUCUUCUUUGCAAGCAAGUACACCACUGGAUAGUCCAGGGCAUUACUGCCAAAUCACCAGGAAAUUAGCAUGAGAAUGACAGAAUGAGUGCCUUCAUUUGUAGGUGUUUGUAAAAUGCAUGAUAAUGUUCAUUGUUUUCAUUCAGUCAGUUUUGACAUGAGAGAAAGAACUUUAAAGACAGUUUUGAAAAUAUGGUAAAUAAUUAGAUUUUUCUUCUUGCUUUUCCUGCAGUGCAGGCAUUCAGAAAUUAAGUUGGUUUGUUCCUUAAAACCCCCCCCCAAAAAAAAAAGAUUUUAUACUUCACGAAGACCAGCUUGUCAACUUUAAUGAUCAGUGAAAUACCUGCAAUUUAUGACUCGUAUAUCAAAAUAAUAACCAAAA